CGAAUUGCUCGACCCCCGCCUCGAACCGAACGACGGGAACCGAACGACGGAACCAGGAUACCCUCGCCAAGCCCGACAGCCACCCACCGCCCACAGGAACACGCAACGACACGACACGACACGACACGACACGACACGACACGACACGACACGACACGACACGACACGGGUGCCGCGGGUUCCCCGAAGAAACCAAUAAGAAUGGCGACCGCGAAAGAAAACGCCAACCCAAAGUUGUUCUCGGUCGACAACCCGGGCCGGUAUUCCCGGGCCCGGCAGACCCCGCUGGACUGGAUCCACCUGGGGGACUUUCGGCGGGAGCGGAGGGGGGCCUCCCCCGGCGGGGCCUCCCCGUUCGUCGUCGUGCCGACCACGGCGGGAGACAAGGCCGUCCUCCGGGCCCUCGCGGACGCCUCGCGAUCGGACCCGAGGGGCGUCGGCCUCCUCCGCAAGGCGGGGCUCGCGAUUCCGGUGCGCACGUCGGCGUCCUCCCCCGGCAAGACCGCCGGAUCGUUGCUUGUCCCGUCGUGCCUUGCCGACUUUUCGAGGCCCGUCUUUCGGAUCAUCCCGCGAGACGACGACGACGACGAAGAAAAAGGCGACGUCGAAGAACCAAGGCCGGGAGGGGAAGCCAAGCAAAACGACGUCGACAACAACGACGACGACAAUGACGAAACCGACCACGGCGGCCAUCGCCCCACCGGGUUUUCCGAGACCGAGGUGUCCGCGGAAGAAAUCUUCGACAUCAUCCGAAACGUCCAGGACCCGGAGCACCCCAACUCGCUGGAGCAGCUGGGCGUUGUGAGCCUCGAGCAGAUAGAACUGUCCCUUGCCCGGGAUCGCGAUCGCGGGGGAACGACCCACCGGAACAAGGACGAGAUCCGGAUCCGGUUUACCCCCACCAUACCGGUACGUAACGCAAUGCAGCGCAACGCAAUGCAACGCAAAAACAACCACCGCAGCGACACCCGCCGCGGGUCGGUUGGAAUUUUCAUUGAUCUGCGCUGCCCUCACCAAAUUCACCAACCCCUUGUUCGAAUCGAAAUACCAUGCAACGCACGCAAUCUCUCGUGGCUGCCCGCUGCCCCGCACAGCACUGCUCCAUGGCCACGCUGAUCGGCCUGUGCCUGCGGGUCAAGCUCCACCGGUCCCUGCCGCCGGCGAGGUUCGGGGUCGACGUGUCGAUCGAGCCGGGGACGCACGUGAGCGAGAAGGCCAUCAACAAGCAGCUCCGCGACAAGGAACGGGUCCGGGCCGCCCUGGAAAACAAGCACCUGGCGGGGGUCGUCGACAAGUGCAUCCGAAACGGAAUGGAGGCGGCCACCGACUGACUGACGGAGGAACCAGAGCGGGGAACAAAAGGGGAGCCCCGGCCCGAUCCAUCUCUCGUGUGCAUCUUUGUUGGAAACAUCGAACGAGGCAUUCGGACUCUUACAAAUGCUAUUACAUCGUUAAUAAUAUAAACGUAUAGUG